UUAGAAUUAUUUAGAAAGCGUAUUUCCUGCAAGAGAGAUCAUUGUAUGCACAUUUUAUGUAAGUGCUAAAUGCACUUUGUCCUUUUUUUAUGAGAUUUAUUACGUAAAACGUAGGUCUGGUGCUCAGAGAAACACAGUACAAUUCAACACAUUCUUAGAACACAUACGGAUAGUAUUCACUGAACUCUGUAGCCAGUGAACAGAAAGGAAGUUUUUCUGCAAGAUAAUGACAGGCACAUUCUUAUAUAAAGGGAUAAAAUUUGUCUCUAAUGUACACACCGAGGAAUCCCUCAACUAUGCAGAAAAUGAAUUUGCUGUACAAGAUGAUGAUAUCUUCAAUAUUACGUACCCUAAAUCAGGAACCAACUGGAUGAUAGAGAUUUUAAAUUUGAUCAAGUACAAAGGAAAUGCUGAGUUGAGCAAUCAAGUACCUAUUUAUGUACGAUCACCGUGGUAUGAGAUAGCAAACUCUAGAGAGCAAAUAGCGGCCUUGACUCGUCCUAGGAUAAUCACAUCACAUCUGGCACACCAACUGUUUGCAAAGUCAUUCUUCAAAUCGAAGGCUAAAAUUGUCUACACAAUGAGAAAUCCCAAAGAUAUUUUUGUAUCCAGCUACCAUUUUUCCAAGAUAAUGAAUUUCUACAAAGAUCCUACAAGUUUCCAGGAUGACUUAGAAAACUUUUUACAAGGAAAUGAACUGUUUGGUUCUUGGUUUGAUCAUGUUAAAGGAUGGAUGCAAAUGAAAGAUGAUAGCCGAUUUUUCUACAUUACAUAUGAAGAGCUUCUUCAGGACCUCAGAGGCUGUGUGGUUAGAAUCUGUAAGUUCCUAGAACAGGAUUUAGAUGAUGCAGCUAUUGAUUCAGUUGUAAAACAUUCUACUUUCAAAGUUAUGAAGGAUAACAAGAUGGCCAACUGGAGCACAGUACCAUCAGAAGUAAUGGACCAUUCAAAAGGAUCAAUUAUGCGUAAGGGAGUUUCUGGAGACUGGAAGAAUCAUUUCACCGUAGCCCAGAGUGAAUAUUUUGAUACGUUUUAUAAAGACCAAAUGAAAGAUUUCAAUGUGAAACUUUUUUGGGAAGAUAACUAAAGUAAACUCUCCACUUGAAUGGCCUGCAAGAUUUUUUUACACACAAAUGUAUAUUUUUGGAUACUUUUAGAUAAACUUUUACAAUUAUUUGUUUUCAAAAAAUAUAAAUUUAAAAAAAAUCAGAAAAUAUCAAAUAUAUAUAAAAAAUAGCAAAAUCAAGCAUUUUAAAAGUUUAUCCAAAAAUAUUAAAACCGAGGCCACUGGAUCCAAUUAUAAUGUAAUUAAACUAUAAAUAAAUGUAAUUAAAAUAUAAGUGUAAAAAAAUUCACAUGUACAAUUGUUUUCAUGCUAAAAUACAUAAUAGAAUAUAACAUUAAUCAUAAGUGAGUCUUGCAUAUUACAUUGUGUGAAAAUGCUACAAAUGUUAGAAUAAAAUCUGCAGGCAAGACUCUUUUGGACUUUACUGUUUUUGUGUUAGUAUAUCUAAUUAUAUGUUUUAUCCUUAUGUCUGUUAGAAUACCUAUAAUCAAUAAAUGUACAAUUUUGUAAGGUGCUUUGGAUAAAAAGCCCAGUAGCAAAACUGAAUGGGAAAAUAUGUAUUAAAUAAAUAAAUGGUUGUAUUUGA